AUGCGUGGAAAAAAAAGUGCAAGAACUGAUGAGGAAAUAUCAUUUCCUGAUAUUGCAUUAUUGGAUAGAUCAAAAAGCUUUCAUUCAAGUAUCGAAGGUAAAGUUUGGCUUCGCCUAUUGAUUAAUUUAUGUUGGUGGCUCCAUGACAUGUACGAAGUUGAAGGAAACGAUCCAAAUGCAAAAUUAGAUUAUAUUGAAGAUAAGCUUGCUAACUGUAAAUCAUUAUUUCCUGCACGAUUUGUAUUGAUGUUUUCUGAUUCGAAAUUUGUUCCCAAUGAACAACAUCCAUUUUUGAUUUGUCGUCAGGAUGAACAUAAAACAAUUUUGUUAGUAUUUCGUGCGACUGUUUCAUCAAAAUCAAUUCAAGAUGUAUUUACUGAUAUUAGAUUUUAUACAAAUAGUCAAGUUUAUGAAGGUGAUAGACAUUCAGGAUUUUCAAAACGAGCAGAAUCGGGACCACUAUUAGCAGUUGUCAACUGGUUACAACAAGGAUGGAAAAUUAUUGUUAGUGGACAUUCACUUGGUGGUGCAGUGAGUCAAUUAUUCACUUGUGCAGUUAUUAAAUCUCUUAUUGAAAUUGGUUUAACACUAGAUGACGUUGUAUUACGAUGUAUUACUUUUGGUACACCUCAAUGUGCUGAUCAUAAUCUUUGGUCAAGUUAUUCAGCAUCGUAUGAUAUUUUUGAUACUUAUAUUUACGAAAAUGAUGCCAUUUUUCGUUUGGUUACAUUUGGUGGAAAUGUAGCGCAAAAUAUAAUUAAUUCGUUUGUUCGUAAGAUUGGAAAUGCUGUUGGAGAAAAAAUAAUUCAGUAUAUGGCGCUUAAUCAUCAGUCGUCAAAUAUUCUUCAUUGUGGCGGUGAUCAAAUUGGAAAUGUGAUUAAUGAUAUUCUCAUUCCAAAAUAUGCCGUAUUUGGACGUCAUCAUUUUAUUGUUAAAACUCAAUUGGCAGCAUUGAAUAUU